UUGAGGGACCGACUACACUUCCGCCAUUGACCCCCUCUUCCCUUCCUUCUUCUGCGAGCCUAACUCCUACUCACCAGGGUAGUUCGAGCGAGCUUUUUCGUGCUGUUAGCGACCUGGGCAAGGGACUUCUUGAGGAUAUUGGCCAUGAUGCAUCGACGCUUCAGAGCCUAGACUCCUACCCUCGACUUAGUGUCGAAGUUGUCUUGAAGAGAGGACUCGCUCAAUUGAUGAAGUCACUUGUCACCAUUGGUCAUGCUCAGCUCCGGGCCGUAGACUACAAAGAGUUGAUCAGAGUGCAGAACGAUCAACUGGUGGAGGCCAAAUCCAAGCUGGAGCAAGCAGAGAAAACUGUAGCUGAACGGGACGAGUCUCUUAAAAAGCUUUCUGACGAGAGCCAGAAGCAGGCUCAAAACAACGCCUCCUUGACAACUCAAUUGGAGAAGCAAUCCCUCAAGAUUAAAGAGUUAGUUCGAGACAAUGAGAGGUUAAUCGGCGAGAACGAAGAGCUGAAGCAAGAAAAAGAGCUUGACUUGAUUCGCUUUGAGGAGGCCAGUUUCGACUGCUUUUACAAGGUCUGGAAGCUGAACAAGCCUCUUAAUCUUGAUUGUUUCUCCAAGGAGGCUCAGGCAGAGGAGCUUGCCAGAUGCAAAGCAAGGGCCGCUGAAGAAGCUGCCAAUCCUCCUGCACUCACCCCCGCCUCCUCUGCUUUAUCAUUCCGAGCGAGAGGAGCAGCUGAUGCCGAGGAGGGAGUCGAUCAACCCAUUAGAGGAGCUCGCCCGUGACUCCCUCUCGUAGUUCAUCAUAGU